AUGGACUCGCAGCGGCCAAAUGAUGUGUCGCCAGAGGCGAUGCAGGCGCGCAUCCAGCAAGCGCGACGCGAGGCUGAGACCUUGAAGGACAGGAUCAAGCGGAAGAAGGAUGAGCUCGCCGACACCACCCUCCGCGCCGUGUCGCAGCAGUCGCACGAGUCAAUCCCCAAGAACCAAUUGAUGAAGACGAAAAGGACGCUGAAGGGGCAUCUCGCCAAGAUCUACGCCAUGCACUGGUCCACCGAUCGAAGACAUCUGGUCUCGGCUUCGCAGGACGGAAAAUUGAUUAUCUGGGAUGCAUACACAACGAACAAGGUCCACGCCAUACCCCUACGCUCGUCCUGGGUCAUGACCUGCGCCUACGCCCCGAGCGGCAACUACGUCGCCUGCGGUGGUCUUGACAACAUCUGCUCCAUCUACAACCUCAACCAGAACCGGGAUGGCCCUACGCGUGUCGCCCGGGAACUGUCCGGCCACGCCGGCUACCUAUCCUGCUGUCGCUUCAUCAACGACCGGAGCAUCCUGACCUCGUCUGGCGACAUGACGUGCAUGAAGUGGGAUAUCGAGACGGGUACCAAGGUCAUGGAGUUUGCCGACCACCUGGGCGACGUCAUGAGCAUCAGCUUGAACCCGACAAAUCAAAACACCUUCAUCUCCGGUGCUUGCGACGCCUUUGCGAAAUUAUGGGACAUCCGUGCCGGCAAGGCUGUGCAGACCUUCGCCGGACACGAGAGCGAUAUCAACGCCAUCCAGUUUUUCCCUGACGGCCACUCCUUUGUCACCGGUUCCGACGACGCCACCUGCAGGCUGUUCGAUAUUCGAGCCGACAGGGAGCUCAACCUAUACGGCUCCGAAUCCAUUCUUUGCGGUAUCACCUCGGUUGCCACGUCGGUGUCUGGGCGACUCCUUUUCGCGGGUUACGACGAUUUCGAAUGCAAGGUGUGGGAUGUUACUAGGGGAGAAAAGGUCGGCUCCCUCGUGGGCCACGAGAACCGUGUCAGCUGCCUGGGUGUUAGCAACGACGGCAUCAGCUUGUGCACAGGUUCCUGGGACUCGGUGCUCAAAAUAUGGGCUUACUAA